AUGGCAUCUGUGGCUGUCGGUGGAUUUAAACAAGUUAAUCGAAACCAUAACGAGAGGGAUUAUAACCAUACCGUGGAUCCCGAGUGUCAAAGACUAAGAAAUUUAGCGGAGAGUGCCAGUAAGAAAAGGAUUGAAUUAAUUAAGUCCUCCAAGGCAGCAUAUGCUAACGGUUCCAAAGGUGAGGCGCACGAAUUGAGCGAGCAGGCCAAGCAACAAUUGGAAUUGGCCAACAAGUAUAAUGCUGAAGCUGCUGAGUAUGUAUUUGUUCAGAAUAAUGCAGAUUCAUCUAAUAAUGAGAUUGAUUUACACGGACUGUAUGUGAAGGAAGCUGAAUGGAUCCUGAAGAAAAGAAUAGACUUUGCUACGACGCAUGGGAGCGAGCAAGAGAUUCGUGUCAUUGUGGGGAAAGGUAUUCAUUCCAAGAACGGGAUCAGUAAAUUAAGACCUGCCAUUGAGAAGUUGUGCAUGGAAAACCACUUGAAUUACUAUGUUGAUCCCAAGAACACGGGUGUUUUAGUCAUCGAGACCCCUGGCACCACUGGAUAUGUAUCCCAACCGGCCCCUGUGUACCAGACACAACCUCAACCACAACCACAACCACAGCCCAACACUGCCUCCUCUGGUCUCUUUGAACAGGCAUUGAAACUCCUCUGUAUAUGUCUUAACAGCUAG